GAUUUAUGACACACAUGUGGGCCAUGUUUGCAGUUGUAUUUCUCGCUAUUUACACUGCUAACCUAGCUGCUUUUAUGAUUACUCGAGAAGAAUUUCAUGAGUUCAGCGGGAUAGACGAUCCACGUCUCGUCAAACCAUGGUCUCAUAAGCCAAUGUUUAAAUUUGGAUCAAUUCCAUGGAGUCAUACAGAAAGUACGAUAGCUAAAUAUUUCAAAGAAAUGCAUUCAUACAUAAAAAAUUUUAGUAAAAGCAGCGUUCAAAAAGGUAUUGAAGCUGUCAUCCAUGGACAAUUAGAUGCCUUCUUUUAUGAUGGAACAGUAUUAGAUUAUUUAGUGGCUCAGGAUGAAGAUUGUCGUCUCUUAACAGUUGGUUCAUGGUAUGCUAUGACAGGUUACGGAUUAGCUUUUGCAAGAAAUUCAAAGUACGUGGAUAUGUUCAACAAACGGAUUCUGGAAUACCAAGAAAACGGUGACCUUGAACGGUUGAGAAGGUAUUGGAUGACUGGUACUUGCAAGCCUGAAAAAGAAGUUCAAAAAAGAAGUGAUCCACUUGCUCUAGAACAGUUUUUAAGCGUUUUUUAUCUUCUAAUAGUGGGUAUAGUAUUUUCUGGAAUGCUUUUAAUAUUUGAGAUUCUGUACAUCGAAUACAGUAAGCAUCAUCAACCAAGUCAUGAAAAAAGAGGCUGCCACGCUCUGUUAAACUUGGUAAGUAAACUAGUAAUAUGUUCUGACUUUUUUAAGCUUUGA